AACCAAUUCAUAACUCAAUAGCUGUUACUAUAUUAGCAACUCUUCCAUCUAACUAACUAAUUAAAAUGAAUUUAUUUUUUUAAUCCUAGAUGAUAUGAUAUAUAUAGUAGCUCCUUCAAUUCCAGCUAUCAUAACAUUCAUAACCCCAAGCAAGCAAAAAAACCAUAUUCACUCAAAAGUCAAGCUCUAUAUUGCACAAUGUCAAAUUUUAAUAUCAAGCACAUUGCCAUCUUCUUCAUUCUCAUCUCAAUUUUCACUCCUCGAGUUUUAUCAGUCGUAGAAUAUUGUGGAGAAGAAGAAGACAACUCAUGUGUCAACAAAUCCAAAGCGUUGUCCUUAAAAAUCAUAGCCAUAGUCUCCAUCUUAAUCACUAGCAUGAUCGGAGUAUGUCUUCCAUUAUUCUCACGUUCUAUACCUGCCCUAAGCCCAGAAAGAAGCCUUUUCGUGAUUGUCAAGGCAUUUGCAGCAGGAAUUAUCUUAGCCACGGGCUUCAUGCACGUGCUACCGGACUCUUUCGACAUGUUAUCAUCCAGUUGCUUGAAAGAAAACCCAUGGCAUAAGUUCCCCUUCACUGGAUUUGUGGCUAUGUUGUCUGCAAUAGUAACGAUGGCUAUUGACUCUAUAGCUACUAGUUUGUACAGCAAAAAACAUAAAGCUGGUAUAGUUAAUCCAGAAAUCGGUCAGGGUCAAGAUAGUAAUGAUCAAGAGAUGGGGGCAGUGAAUGCUGGACAUUCCCAUGUACAUUCACAUCAUCACCAUGGAUCCUUUUCGACUAAAGAUGGAGUUGAUGGCACAAAACUACUACGAUACAGAGUCAUUGCCAUGGUGUUAGAGCUGGGAAUCAUUGUGCACUCAAUAGUGAUAGGGCUAUCAUUAGGUGCUUCAAGCAAUACAUGCACAAUUAAAGGACUUGUUGCUGCACUUUGCUUUCAUCAAAUGUUUGAAGGCAUGGGACUUGGUGGUUGUAUUCUCCAGACUGAGUACAAGUUCUUGAAGAAGGCAAUAAUGGCAUUUUUCUUCUCAGUAACAACCCCAUUUGGUAUAGCACUUGGAAUAGCACUGUCAAGUACUUACGAGGAAAAUAGCCCACGGGCAUUAAUAACUGUUGGAUUACUCAAUGCAUCAUCUGCUGGUCUUCUAAUCUAUAUGGCUUUGGUUGAUCUUCUUGCUGCUGAUUUUAUGGGUGACAAGUUACAAGGUAGUGUAAAGCUACAAAUCAAGUCCUACAUGGCUGUCCUUCUUGGUGCUGGCGGGAUGUCUCUUAUGGCCAAAUGGGCAUAGUUUCGUAUUUUAUACUUUAAGAAGAAUAAGUUUGUGAAAAUCCCUCCUUUACUUUGCUUUUGAAAUUGUAAUUUUCUGUCCUUUCCAAUUUCGUGACCGAAUUUGAGUUGCGAAAUAUUCUGUAAAAUUUGCCUCACCUUUUUAUUCCUUAA